AUGUUCUGUGUUGAACUCUUAUCCAUCUUGUAAGUUGCUUAGAAGAUUUCAGCUUAAUGAAAUCCACAGACCUGGAGAUGUGGUUCUGGGUGGGCUGUUUGAGGUGCACUAUACCUCUGUUUUCCCUGAGAGGACUUACAGCUCAGAGCCACAACCACCCAGCUGCAAAGGGUACGUAUCACACACACAUUAAGUAGAAAGCGAGAAUAAUUGUGAAUUUUACUGUUUGAUAUCAGAAUCUGUCAUAAAAUACAUGUGCUUACUUUUAAAACAAUUCUAUUGUUACUUUCAUUGCAAUUUUGAAAGAAUAUUUCUGCAUAUAUUGUUGCAUUUAUAGAAGUUAUCAUUUUAAAUCCUUCAGGUCGUGAAGUCAAAGUCAUAUUAUUUUAUCUGUGAUAUUGUGUUUGUCAGAUUUGAUACUCUUGGAUUCAGACAUGCAAUGACCAUGGCCUUUGCUAUUCAUGAGAUCAACGAAAACCCAAAUCUGUUACCUAAUGUGACUCUGGGAUACAGUCUGUACGACAACUGCGGUGCACUUGUAGUAGGUUUCAGUGGUGGGUUAUCUCUGGUCAGUGGCAGAGAGGAGCAGUAUGUGUUUGAGGAGAACUGUUCAGGGACCCCUCCAGUCCUCGGGAUUGUUGGUGAUUAUGCCUCUACAUUUACUAUUGCAACUUCCACUGUGAUUGGUCUAUACAAAAUCCCCAUUGUAAGUGUUUCUAGCCCUGUCAAUGAAUCAUUCUUGUCAUAUACUAUUUCCAAUAUGUACAGUGAUAAGGGGUAACUUUUUACUGUAUGUCUCUUUAAAGGUCAGUUAUUUUUCCACUUGUUCCUGUCUGAGUGAUCGGCAGCGAUUUCCAUCUUUCUUCAGAACAAUUCCAAGUGACACUUUCCAGGUGAGGCUCUUUAAUCAAACUAAACUACAAACUCUGUAUGUUUCCUUCCAAACAAGGUAAAGGACGUUUUUGCAAAUCAAACAGAUCUCUCUCUUUUUCUUGUUAUUGUAACUUUAUUUAUGAAUCUUUUUUCUUUUCACAUUACCAAUAACCAACAUUCUCAAUUAGAGCAUUACAUGAGUUUGGUUUUACUUUCACAUCAAUAUAUUGCCUCAGGUCCGCACUAUGAUUCAGAUCCUGAAACACUUUGGCUGGACUUGGGUGGGCCUGCUGGUCAGCGAUGAUGACUACGGUCUCCAUGUUGCGCGAUCUUUCCAAUCUGACUUGACUCCGUCUGGUGGAGGCUGUCUGGCCUACUUGAAGGUUUUGCCCUGGGACAGUGACCCAGCUGAGCUUGAGAGGAUUGUUGAUGAGAUGAAGAAGUCCACAGCUCGUGUGGUCAUGGUGUUUGCCCACGAGUUCCACAUGAUACAUCUGAUGGAAGAGGUUGGAGUAAAAUCUACAAAGAGAUCAAUACAGAUUCUUUUUUUCAGUAUACAUCUAUUUCCAUGCUAUUUCAUUAACAUCAAAAAACUCCUCAUUGCACACAGAUUCUGAGGCAGAAUGUGACAGGCCUGCAGUGGAUAGCAAGUGAAGCCUGGACAGCAUCUACUGUGCUCCAGACCCCAGAAUUCAUGCCGUUCCUGAGGGGAACACUGGGCAUUGCAAUCCGUCGAGGAGAAAUACCAGGACUCAGGGAAUUUCUCCUACAGAUACGUCCUGACCAAAAUGAUAAUGACCAAACUGAAACUAACAUGGUAGGAGGUAUGAAAAAGUCAUCAACAAUAAAAAUGAAAACUAAGAAUCAUGUUAUCUAGAUUUUUUCAACAUCUUUAUUCCAGGUGAGACAGUUUUGGGAAUUCACAUUUGGGUGUAAAUUUGCUCCAACAACUCAGUUAAAAUCAGGGGAAACACUCUGCACCGGAGAAGAAGACUUAAGGAAAGCCAAGACUGAGUUCUUGGAUGUUUCUAAUCUCAGGCCUGAGUACAACAUUUACAAGGCUGUGUACGCUCUGGCAUAUGCUUUUGAUGAUAUGCUGCACUGUGUGCCUGGGAGAGGGCCUUUCAGUGGACACAGCUGUGCUAAUCUGCAAAGACUGGAGCCAUGGCAGGUAUCAUAUCAGUUUACACACUUAUUCCUUAUCCUCUUAAAGUGAUGGUAGUUUCAACAGUCCAGGCUGAACACAGCUGUUAGCAAAUAUUAGCCUUUUGCCAUAGCAGGAAAUGUAAUGCUUGUUUCACACUUGUUUGUACUUCUCUUACAUAUCAUAUCCAAAUGUGGUCAGGAAAACCUUCAGACAAUGAAGGCACCUUAUUUUUAGUGUGUCAAAUUUGGAUGUAUGGCCAUGAAAUGGGUAGUCGUUGUUACUCUUCAUAUAUCAUCUGAUCUACCUCAGACUUCAUAUCCAUGAUUAAUGCUCUCAUGAUCUCUUGAUUGCAUCUAUUACUGAUUUAUUCAUAUUUUCCCUUAGCACCUCCCUAUGAAAAGAAAAAGUAACUCCCACAUAAGUUUUGAAUAACCUUUUGUUUCUAGCUGUUUAUUUGAUGCCUUGUUGAUAACCCAUAGUGAAACCACCACCAACUGAUAAAAGGCUGUUCAACAAUUUUUAUUCUAUGCUAUAAAUUUAUGCUGAUAGCACCACCUACUGGUGACAGACACAGCUGCAGAACAACCUUAAUGUCAUUGCUUCAAAAAGCCCUGAUGUGCAAAAAGUUAAAAGGGCCUAUUCAUUGGUGUUGACUGCUCUAAGUAAUCUUAUUCUCAAUUCGCAGCUUGUUCAUUAUUUGCAAAACGUCAACUUCACCACACCCUUUGGUGAUCAGGUUUCAUUUGAUGAGAAUGGCGAUGCCUUACCGAUCUAUGAUGUUAUCAACUGGCUGUGGCUCCCUGAUGGAAGAACUAAAGUUCAAACUGUGGGUGAGGUGAAGAGGUCGGACUCAAACGGUGAAGAACUGAAAAUUGAUGAAGACCAAAUCUUCUGGAACUUUGCAUUGAAAAAAGUAAGUACAACUUUUUUUUAUUUCAUUUUUAUUCGUUUUUUUAAUUUUGAGCACUUGACUAAAUCUGUAUCUGAUUCUCCUCACAGCCACCGAGGUCAGUGUGCAGUGAGAGCUGUCCUCCAGGUACUCGCAUGGCCAGAAAGAAAGGGGAACCUCUGUGUUGUUUUGACUGUAUCCCAUGUUCUGAUGGAAAGAUCAGCAAUCAAACCGGUGUGUUUACAAGCUAAAUAAAUUAAUUCUGUAAACUGAAGAAUGAAUCUCACUAACAUCCCCUUCUUGUCAGACUCCAUGGAGUGUACCAGCUGUCCUGAGGACUUCUGGCCGAGCCCGAAACGUGACUUCUGUGUCCUUAAGAAAACAGAGUUUCUCUCUUAUCAUGAGCCUUUGGGUAUCUGCUUAACAGCUGCCUCAUUACUUGGUACAUUUCUUUGUGCUUUUGUUUUGGGAAUCUUCACCUAUCACCGCAGGACACCCAUGGUACGAGCCAACAAUUCAGAGCUGAGCUUCCUGCUCCUGGUGGCACUAAAACUUUGUUUCCUCUGCUCGCUGCUGUUUAUUGGUCGGCCCAGACUGUGGACAUGCCAGCUGAGACAUGCUGUGUUUGGGAUCAGCUUUGUUCUUUGUGUCUCAUGUAUUCUGGUCAAAACCAUGGUUGUUAUUGCUGUGUUCAAGGCCUCCAAACCAGGAGGUGGAGCUGUUCUCAAGUGGUUUGGUGCCAUGCAGCAGAGAGGAACGGUUCUGCUUCUUACUUCCAUCCAGGCAGCAAUCUGCAUUGCAUGGCUCGUCUUGUCCUCACCAGCUCCUCAUAAAAACACUCAAUACCACAAUGACAAGAUAGUUCAUGAAUGUGUCGUCGGGUCCACUGUUGGAUUUGCAGCUUUACUCGGCUAUAUUGGAUUUCUGGCACUUCUCAGCUUCCUGUUAGCAUUUCUUGCAAGAAAUCUUCCUGACAACUUCAAUGAGGCCAAACUCAUCACUUUCAGCAUGCUGAUCUUCUGUGCUGUGUGGGUGGCCUUUGUUCCUGCUUAUGUCAACUCUCCGGGGAAAUACGCAGAUGCUGUGGAGAUAUUUGCCAUCCUGGCCUCCAGUUUUGGUCUCUUGGUGGCACUGUUUGGACCUAAAUGUUAUAUAAUCCUGCUGAGACCAGAGAGGAACACAAAGAAAGCAAUUAUGGGUCGAGGAACCACUAACUCCUAA